UUAACCAUAUGGUUAACAUGUGACUUUGUCCAAUGUUUUGAGUUAUUUUUUUAGUUCUUGGUUUGCAAUUUUUCGAUAUCAUGUCUGUCAACUUGUUUAAAUUGUUCAAUUUUUGUUCAUUCAGUCGAACUAAUCAUCUUAGAUUAUUGUUAAAACCUUGCCCUGGAUCCAAGUUUCAUCAAUGUUUGUCCACUGAAAUUAUCAAAUCAGAAGAGACUAACAAUGAAGUGGUUACCAAUGAAGAGCAAACAAAUGAUGUUGGUGUUCCUGAACCUGAAAAACGAGUGAUGCGUAAAAAGCCUUACAAAUUUAUGCUUGACAGUAAAUCAGUCGAACCAUCGCAUACUAGUAUAAUAUUGUUCCCUGGUCAAGGCUCUCAAUUUGUCGGUAUGGGGCAUGAUAUGUUGGAUAUUCCUAGCGUUCAAAAAAUGUUUGAAACAGCGGAAAGCAUUUUAGGAUAUGAUUUACUAGAGUUAUGCCUUAAUGGUCCUUCUGAUGAACUGAAUGAAACAAUACAUUGUCAACCAGCAAUAUAUGUCACUUCAUUAGGAGCCGUUGAGAAACUCAGAGUAACUCACCCUGGUGUGGUUGAGGCUUGCGUUGGUACAGCUGGCUUUAGUGUUGGAGAGUUAGCUGCCUUGGUAUUUGCUGGUGCCUUUUCAUUCGAGGCUGGUCUAAGACUUGUUAAAAUAAGAGCUGAAGCUAUGCAAAAAGCAGCUCAGCAUGUUCCUGGUGGCUUAAUGACAAUCAAAUUUGGUCCAGAUGCUAGACUGUCACUUGCUUGUCGCGCUGCUGUUGAAUGGUGUAUAUCUCGAGGUAUUGACCAAGAACAUGCAGUUUGUAGUAUAGCCAAUCAUCUGUUUCCACACUGUAAAGUUAUUGGAGGCCAUGAAGAGGCUUUAAAAUUCCUAGAGAUCAAUGCGCGUGAAUUUGGAAUUAAGCUGACUAAAAGAUUGAAAGUUUCUGGUGCUUUUCAUACUCAAUUAAUGAGACCUGCAAAGAAGGUUUUUAAAGAAGCAUUAUUUAAAACUCCUUUUAACGAACUGUUGAUACCAUGCUAUUCCAAUGUUGAUGCACAAGUGUAUAGAUUUGAAAAGCAAAUUCAUCAAAAAUUACCUGAACAAAUUUACAAAGCAGUUAAAUGGGAACAAGUAAUGUGCCAAAUUUACCGUAGACCUGAAGAUUUUCAAUUUCCAAAGACAUUUGAAUGUGGACCUGGCAACAAUCUUUUAUCGAUCCUCAAGAAUUGUAACUUUAAAGCUUACCAACAAGCUAAAUCUAUUAUUUAAUAAUUUAACAAUACUGUAAAUAAUUUU